CAGAGGGGACAUCAGCAUAUCUUCUUGCUGAUCCAAUGUGAUAGAUUGUGAAUAGAGAAUGUGUCAUUGCUCAUACGUUCUAUCCCUCUGCUGAAUGGGAGAAGACAAGCGUGUUUGGAUAAUUAAACCACCUGACAUCCCUUUUCCAGAAAGUUCAAUGUUGGGGUACCAGGGAGGAGCUUAGAAAACAGCCACCAUGUAUAUAAGGCCUUUUGGGAAGGUGAGUAGCUCAAACAUUGAACAGUCCUCUCUGACAGUAGCCACGAGAAGCCAGAAGAAGAUGGACAUAGCCAUCCAACAUCCUUGGUUCCGCCGCCAAUUUUACUCCUUCUUUGGACCAAGCAGGCUCUUUGAACAGAGUUUCGGGGAGCACCUUCAGGAAUCUGAUCUGUUUCCAACUUCCACUAUGCUGUCACCCCUUUUCUUCAGAUUUCCAUUUGUAAGGCUCCCAAGCUGGAUAGAAACUGGCUUGUCAGAGAUGAGACUAGAAAAGGACAAGUUCACUGUUAACCUUGACGUGAAACAUUUCUCCCCUGAAGAACUCAAAGUAAAAGUUCUGGGGGAUUUUAUCGAGAUCAAUGGGAAACACGAGGAACGCCAGGAUGAACAUGGUUACGUUUCCAGAGAUUUCCAGAGGAGAUAUAAAAUCCCACUGGACGUAGACCCUCUCUCCAUCACCUCAUCUUUGUCCCCUGAUGGGGUUCUGACGGUGAGCGCACCAAGAAAGCUGGCUGACGUUCCUGAACGCUCCAUCCCCAUUACCCGUGAAGAAAAGGCAGCCAUUGGUGCCGCGCCUAAAAAGUAGAGUGUUGCAACCCAGAGGAUAACCUUCCACCCUGCCAGAGAGAGUGCGCGUACUACAUUGCUACAUGUAUUUAUUUGUGCUGUCCUGUGACCAAAUCAAAUUACUAAUGCAAAUAAAAGCAAGGAGAAGCAUC